ACUAUUCAAUUUAAAAUUUUAUAACGGAAAAGUUGUGAUUAAACACGCGUAUAUUAUUAUUACAGAAAUAAGGUCUUACCGCAGAAAGUUUAUAAAUACAAAAAAAGGAUUUGUCAAACAGAAAAUCUACGAUUAUUAAAGAUUAAGAAGAUGAAUGAGACGCGCACUGGAAAAAAGGAUAAAAACCAACAUAUACAAGUGUUUGUACGAGUCAGGCCGAUAAACAAUGCAGAACGAAUUGGAAAAUCAGUGUCAGUGGUGGAUGUACCAUCAAAUAAAGAAGUGAUAAUACGCGAAAGACCACAAGACAAACUUUCAAAAAAGUUUACAUUUGAUGAAGUAUUUGGUCCAUUAUCAAAGCAGAUUGAUGUAUACAAAGCUAUUGUUAGUCCAUUAUUGGAAGAAGUUUUGGCUGGAUAUAAUUGUACGGUGUUUGCUUAUGGACAAACAGGUACAGGAAAAACAUUCACUAUGGAAGGUGUCAGCAAUGAUCCAGCACUACAUUGGCAAAGUGACACGACUGCUGGGAUUAUACCACGCACUUUAAGUCAUUUGUUUGACGAACUACGAUUAUUAGAAGCUCAGGAAUAUACAGUACGAGUCAGCUUUCUAGAACUCUAUAAUGAAGAAUUGUUUGAUCUUUUAUCACCCAACGAUGAUGCUUCCAAAAUAAGAUUAUACGAAGACACAUCAAGAAAAGGUGCUGUUAUUAUUCAUGGUUUAGAAGAAGUAACGGUACAUAAUAAAAGUGAAGUUUAUAAGAUUCUUGAAAAAGGAUCAGAAAAAAGACAAACAGCUGCAACAAUGAUGAAUGCACAUUCAAGUCGAUCGCAUACAGUUUUUUCAAUCACAGUACAUAUCAAAGAGAACACCAUUGAUGGAGAAGAACUUUUAAAAACAGGAAAAUUAAAUUUAGUAGAUUUAGCGGGAAGCGAAAAUGUGGGUAGAUCUGGCGCAGUUGAUAGAAGAGCUAGGGAAGCUGGAAAUAUUAAUCAAUCAUUAUUAACUCUUGGACGAGUUAUAACAGCAUUAGUAGAAAGAGCACCCCAUAUACCAUAUAGAGAAUCUAAAUUAACGAGACUUCUCCAAGAAUCAUUGGGUGGACGCACUAAGACAUCUAUUAUUGCAACGAUAUCUCCUGCGAGUAUAAAUUUGGAAGAAACCUUGUCGACAUUAGAUUAUGCGCAUAGAGCUAAAAAUAUUACCAAUCGUCCAGAAAUUAAUCAAAAGCUUUCUAAGAAAGCAUUACUUAAAGAAUAUACUGAGGAAAUAGAGAGAUUAAGAAGAGAUUUAUUAGCAACACGCGAAAGAAAUGGUGUUUAUCUUGCACAAGAUAAUUAUAAUGAAAUGCAAAGUUUAAUAGAAUGUCAAGGUAGAGAGAUAGAAGAAAAAAUCAAUCAUAUUAAAGUACUCGAAGAAACAAUGCUAAAUAAAGAGAAAUUAUUCAAUGAUUUGCAAGUACAACAUAGUAUACAAACAAAUAAGUUGCAAGAAGUGGAAAAUAAUUUAACAAACACAACUAAUGUAUUAAAAUCAACUACAAAUCAUUUAAAAAUGACUAAACAGGAAAGAGAUGAACAGAAAUAUCUUGUAGAAAAACAUGCAUCAGCUGAAAAAGUAUUAUUAUCUCAAGCGAAGACACUUUUGAAUGUUGCAAAUGUAGCAAGUACAGAUACUUAUAAAUUACACGAUAAAAUUGGUCGUAAAACGAAAGUAGAAGAAGAAAAUAAAAAUCUUAGUGAACAAUUCCAAAGUAAUAUUAAAAAUCGUUUUCAAGAUAUUGAAAAUGAUAUAUCUGUUUAUUCACACGAAUUGGUACAAUUUUGCAUGUCUCUGAAGACACAAAUUGAAACGGUUACCAAUGAAGGAUUAACAGAAACCGAGCUUAUUACUAAUAAAUUAACAAAGGACAUAGACACUUCUUAUAAUGGUUAUAAAGAAUGGUUAAGGAAAGAAAUAGAAACUGUUACCAAUGUAACUGAAGAUGAGCGUAAUCGAUUAGACAAAUUUUCUAAUAGACUAGUAUCUAAAAUCGAAAAUUUAGUAAAAACAAACAUUGCUGAAAAUUUAAACGAAUUAAAUGAAAAAAUUUCGCAAAAACUUGAUCAUUUAGCAACAUUAGCAAGAACAUCUUUAAACGAAAUGUGUGUAUAUCAACUUGAGGAAUCUAAUCAGUUAUAUAAGAAUAUGGAAGAGAUCAAACAAACCGUUCAAAAUGUACUUUAUAGUCAAAAUCAAACUAUACAAGAAAAUCAACAAUUUGCAAGGAUGUUCGAAGAUGUAUAUCUUCAAUUCAAUAAUUUGUACAGAAAUGAAAAUAAAAGGUGUACUGAAGUUUCUGCUAUGUUAAAUCAUGUACAUGAAACAUGCAACAAAAUUAGUAAUAACGCUAAAGAAGAAUGUAAUAGUGGUAUAAAUAAGAAACAAAGUUUACAAAACAAAUUAAAAGAUGAUAUUACAAUAAUUGGAAAUGAUAUUGCCGCUAGUACAAACGAGAAUAGGACAUUGGCAGAAGAAAUGUUAAAGCAAAGUGUUGUUUUAACGAAAGAUAUACAAACAGAAUUAUCUGCAAGGUCUAAUGCGUUAGAAAAAUAUAAAAAUCUGUCGGAAGAACAUGCGCAAGUAUUGAAACAACAAAUAGAAAAUGAUAGAACUGUUCUUACCACUUCGGUUAAAGAUAUCAACGAAACUGUAGAAACUACAUAUGCUAAUACACAAAUUGGAAAUAAGUUGGAAAACCGAAGUACAGAAUCGAUAGAAUGCAAUAAUAGGAUAAUUGCACAAUUGCAUAUGACAGAGCAUGAAAUCGAAAAAUUCCUUAUUGAAGAUUUGCGGCACGACAUUGCAACUGGUACAACACCUGCAAGAAAAGAAUUUCAAUAUCCUCGUCAUUUGACUUCAACUUCUCCUCAUGAACGUAUUCUUCAAAGAUUUAGAGAAAUUAGAAAAAAUAUGGACACAUCAGAAAGUGAUGAAGAUACGACGAUUAUAAUCAAAUCACCCGAAAAUGAAUCUAACGUUUCAUUGUCUUUAUUUGAAAACGGAACAAUUACUUCGUCAUCACCACUUUGCAAUACAAUCGAAGAGUUACCAGACAACCAAAAUGAAACGAUUAAAUACAAUAUUGUCAGGGCUGCUUCAGCAUCAGAUAUUUCCUUAAUUCCAAGGCCAAUUUUUGAAACCAGUAUUCAAUCAGAACCUGAUUUAUCUAUAAAGAGCAAUGAUAAGGAAAACGACAAAGAUGAAUUUUUAAAACCAGACAUGAUGAAAAGCAAACGAUUAUCAAAAACUAAACUUGCAAAUCGAAAAGUGCUUGGAUCAUUCAACUGAUAAUA